AUGACUAUGAUGCCAUUAUUUCCGGCAAAACCUGCCUCUCAGACAGCGACUGGAACUUGGAGGCAAGUAUGUCUAGUUGCCAGUGUGGAUACACAUACCAUUAUCAACCCCAGAUAUGGCUGCGUUGGCGAGCUGCGGGAUUUCUCUUCGUACAGGCGGAGUACUCACGGAGGUGAAAAUGCGGAAUCUUAUUUCAUGCUUGAAUCGGUUCAACGGAAGGUAAAUAUGGAGUACGAAGCGCAAAGCACAACGCAUGAAUUAGCCGCGGGAUAUCUUCCUCUCCAUCAUGUAUCAUAUUUCGUGAAAGUGAGGUCGUGGAAAAAUAUGAGUUCUGGCUUGCAGAGUACCAACUACCAAAUCCAACUAUAG